AUGAAGAAAAAGGACCUGCGGGGAGAUGAAAUUCCUACAGUGGUUGGGAUCUUUAGUGCAUUUGGCCUUGUCUUCUCUGUCUCCCUUUUUGCUUGGAUCUGCUGCCAACGUAAAUCUUCCAAAUCCAAUAAGACCCCUCCAUAUAAGUUUGUCCAUGUUCUGAAGGGGGUUGAUAUUUACCCUGAGAAUCUCAACAGUAAGAAGAAGUUUGGAGCAGAUGAUAAAAGUGAAGCAAAGAACAAAUCAGCGAUGCCAAAGAAUUCUCUCCAUCUUGACCUGGAGAAGAGAGAUCUAAAUGGCAACUUCCCCAAAACAACCCCUAAAAUCCAGAGCUCUCCAGAUCUUGAGAAUCUGUCUCCUAAGCGCUUUGCAGAAAGGAAGAAAGAUUCAGUAUCCCCUGAUAGUUUAAAAUCCAUCACUUCCCUGUCAUCGGAAGAUAAACAAGACAAGCUAGGAACUCUCUUUUUCUCCUUAGAGUACAACUUUGAGAAAAAGGCAUUUGUAGUGAACAUCAAAGAGGCACGUGGGCUGCCAGCAAUGGAUGAACAGUCAAUGACUUCUGAUCCUUACAUCAAAAUGACAAUCCUGCCUGAGAAAAAACACAAGGUGAAAACCAGAGUGCUGAGAAAAACCUUAGAUCCAGCUUUCGAUGAGACCUUCACGUUUUAUGGGAUCCCCUAUAGCCAAAUUCAAGACUUAACACUUCACUUUAUGAUCUUGAGCUUUGACAGGUUUUCCAGAGAUGAUGUCAUUGGAGAAGUCCUCAUUCCCCUCGCAGGAAUUGAACUGUCAGAAGGAAGGCUGCUAAUGGACAGAGAGAUCACCAAAAGAAAUGUUAGGAAAUCAUCUGGGCGUGGAGAAUUACUGAUCUCUCUCUGUUAUCAGUCUACAACAAACACACUCACUGUGGUUGUUUUAAAAGCCAGGCAUCUACCAAAAUCUGAUGUGUCAGGAUUAUCAGACCCUUAUGUCAAAGUGAACCUGUACCAUGCUAAGAAGAGAAUUUCUAAAAAGAAAACCCAUGUGAAGAAAUGCACCCCCAAUGCAGUGUUCAAUGAAUUGUUUGUCUUUGACAUUCCUUGUGAGGGCCUUGAUGAUAUCAGCAUUGAAUUUUUGGUUUUAGAUUCAGAUAGGGGGUCAAGGAAUGAGGUCAUUGGUCGGUUAACCUUGGGAUCUUCAGCAGAAGGAACAGGUGGAGAGCACUGGAAAGAAAUUUGUGAAUACCCUAGGAGACAAAUUGCCAAAUGGCAUAUGUUGUGUGAUGGUUAACAGCUUAGAGAGGGGUUAGAACUUGAAAAACUAUAUAUAUUUCCAUAGGCAAGGAGCAGUUUUCUUUCUUUGCUAUGUAUAAUUACAGGCUUGUAACUACAAGACUUUUUUUUGGGGGGGUGGGGGAAUAAAAACUGGAUUGAAUUAUCAGAACAGAAGGUAACUAAAUUUUCACCGUAAAUAAAGGAAUUUCUGUUUCAUUAGACUUUAACAUAAUUGGAUCAGAUUCAUACAUUUCUGGAGUUUAAAUAGCCUGAAACUUCUGAAGCACUAUAAACUUCAAUAAGAACAGACAAAGUUUUAUGAAAAAGUCACUGGAAACCUUAUUAGUACUGUUAUAGAGAAGAUAACCUCACUAAAAUAUAUC